AUGGCCCGUGGCCGAAAGAACGCUCAUUUGCAACUCUUUAGUAACACCAUCGUCGAGUUGGAACCUGUUGGAAGCUUGGACGGCGAGGGCAAGCACGAAAUCACAACCAAACAUCGUUAUAGGAACCACUUCGAUAUUGAGGAAGUCUGCAACAUCGACAAGGACGCCAACCACGACAUCUCCAAUGUAUUCUAUGCUGCACAGUUACACAAACCAGACGAAGGCUGCCCUCCGCCCUUGUGGUCAAUAGCAAAGCGCAAAAGCCAAACACCGCCGCUCCCUAUACGAUAUCUUAUAGCCCAUCUUUCGGAUCUUCUACAUACAAGUCCCCAGAAAUGGCGAUGCAAUCCAUGCUACAUGCCCCUCCUCCUAACAUUCAAAGUCCCCCAAGAAGCUCACGUUGUUGAACCUGAAGACUGGUAUUGGAAAUCCCCGAUGAUGGAGACAAGUGGAGGUUGCUGGGAGGCUCGUUUGGGAGGCGCAUAA